CAUGGCUGAAGCAGAGGAUGAUCCUAUAUCAAAGUUAGUGACAAAAUUACCCAGAUUGAAGAAAGCAUCAUUACAACUAUACUGGGAUUUGAGGGUAUUUGGUCUUCCCCCACAUGUGCCAGUUUAUAUCACAUUUUCUGAUGCAUUGGAGGUGAUUGAGGGAGACAGGAUGUUGAAUAUUUCCAUCAUUCAGUUGUGGUGCAUGUACAUGGACACAAUCGUUGUAGACCAAGGUCGGUCUUCCAUGUACGGAUUUGUUGAACCUCAGACCAUUCAACCGUCUGGUAACACACUUCAAAACAGACAACAUUAUUUGCAAACAUGGAUGGAUGAGUCCAAAAGAGACAUAUACCUUGUGCCAUACAUUGACGGGUACGUGUUUUUAUAUGUGGUCAGUUUAUUAUUAUAGUUUCCUUAAUUAGUUGAAUAACUAUUUGUCCUUCG